AGGAGAGUGACGAUGCCGAGCUACAAACAGCGUCUAUCUUUGGUUCAGCAAAAGCAAGUCAAGAAGCGGACAAUGUUAUCAUUUUGCAAGAUAAGAAAGGAAAAAACGCCGGAAAAUAUCUGCAGGUAUGGAAAGAACAGGGGACCAGUGUGAAAAUGCUAUCAAUGCAAAGUUCACCAAAUCAAUUUUAAUAUUUACUAUAAUGGUGUUAAAAUCCUAAAAUUCUGAAGUGCUAAGUUACCUGCUUUAGUAACUUUUCAUGAGCGCUUGUACUGGUUAAAUCACUGAGCCUCAUAUUUCUAUUUGUCUGUUAGGUUACUAAAAACCGUUUUGAUGGCACACUGGGGAAAGUCUACUUAGAUUUCAACCGCGAUUCACUGACCAUGUCAUCCUACCAAGGAACCACCGCGACCACUGUGUCAUCUAAGAAAGACUACAAGUUUAUACGAAGUGUUAAGCCUCCUAAAACAGGCCUGAGCUCCAGGAAAACUAAGACUGAGGGUGAGAAUGAAGAAAGGGAAACAGGUGGUGAAAGCGGUGCAAAAACCGGAAAUCGAGAAAAGGGGAACUACAAAGAGAAAAACAUAAGUUCUGAAUCAUCUGUUACAUCCAGCACUAGUCUGGUGUCAAACAAGAAUAUAAAGGAGUCAAAUUCGCGAAAUAAUCAAGCAGCGAAAUUGAAGAUUAAUAAUGAAAGUGGAUCAAAAGAUGGAAAUCAGAAAGAUAAACACAAUACUGAAUCUUCAGCGAAAUCAAAUACUUCUGUGGUAGCAGGCAAUCAUAUAAAGCAUUCGAAUUUAAGUACAAAUUCUGCUCAACCAUCCAGUCAAGCAGUGAGACUGAAAAAAGACGAGAAUUCAGAAGGAACUGCCUUUAGUACGAAAGCGAUGCGUUUUAAUGGACACUCGAGCAAACGGUCGCUUGUAACUGGAAAGAAGAUUUCAGUUAAACAGUUGGAUGCCAAUAAGGUAUAUUUACAAUGACAAAAUGCAUAGAAAGCAAAAGUUGUACAUAUUAUUCGACACUUGUUAACUUUCGACCUAAACAUCUCAUACAGUAUCAUUGCAGUUACAGGUAAACUAUACGUCAAGCGUUCCUGUUUUGAGUUCCAAACUUGAUUGAAAUUUUCCUUAUGACUUUGCAAAUUUGAAAAACUGCCUUUCAAUUCCUUGAGGGAAUUUGCAAUGUUCCUAUCAGCUGUUGCAGUAAUUAAAUGCAGAGAAACUUCCUUUUAAAUUUUUCUAACCUCCUGUUUUAAUUUCCUGGCUUCCUGUUCUACCCUGAGAGUUGUCAUUGGUGCGCAGAACAGAACAGGAAAUUAGGAAUGUGUAACAGAAAGUUACAUCUAACACGAACUGAGGAAAAUUUAGUUGGCUUUUAGGAACAUUUACAAAGCUAAUUCCCACAAGGGAUUUGCAAAGAAGUUUUGCAAACAAAUUUGAAAGGAAGUAAGAAAUAUUGCAACUAAGUUUGAAACGCUUCACGAAGUUUACCUGCAUGCCCCGUUCAACAUUGUUAGACGAUCUUGCAAAAUGUUGGAUGAAAAUUUAAAGAAAGUCAAAACCAUAUACAUACAGUACGGUAGGCCUACAAAAUAAAAAUAUUACGAGUGUAGCCACCACAGAACAAAAACAGGGCAUUAAUUCAUUUAAAGAUGAAUAUUGGCCAGCCAGUUUUAUCUCAUGCUUUUAGAAU